UUUGAGAGGUGGGAAAACACCACUGACUUCUCCUUCGUUUACAGUAGCAGACGCGACAAGGACGCGCACCGGGGGCCCAAAUGGAGAAAUCUAAAAACUUUCGCAUUGACGCGCUUUUAGCAGUCGAUACACCCAAGGUGCAGACCUCUCCGCUUGCGCUUGUGACUUCCCUGUCCUCCUCCUCUAUCCAGUCGUCUGGAAGUGUGGGAGCCACGGAGCUGAGCGGCGCCGAGUCUUUACGCACCGAGACGCCGUCCCCGCCGAGGAUCUCCAACUGCGGGUUGAUUCCUAAACCGGGUUUCCUGAACAGUCCGCAUAGCAUGCUUGGAUUACAUCCACAGAGUACCGUAGGGAUCCCCACGCAGGCUCUCUACGGCCAUCCCAUGUACACCUACUCUGCAGCUGCCCUCGCAGGCCAACACCCUGCCCUGUCAUACUCCUAUCCGCACAGCUCCCAUCACCACCACAGUGAUCCCAUCAAACUGACAGCCAGCACCUUCCAGCUGGACCACUGGCUCCGGGUCUCCACAGCCGGGAUGAUGCUGCCCAAAAUGUCUGACUUUAAUUCUCAGGCUCAGUCAAACUUGCUUGGCAAGUGCAGAAGACCAAGAACUGCAUUCACAAGUCAGCAGCUGCUGGAGCUGGAGCAUCAGUUCAAACUGAAUAAGUACCUGUCACGACCCAAGCGCUUUGAGGUGGCGACGUCCCUCAUGCUCACAGAAACUCAGGUUAAAAUCUGGUUCCAGAACAGACGCAUGAAGUGGAAGAGAAGUAAGAAGGCCAAAGAGCAGGCCGCUCAGGAGGCCGAGAAGCAGAAAGGCAACAAGGGCGGCCAGGAGAAAUCUGACGGACUCGAAAAGUCGGACUAUAAGAGCAAGACAGACUCAAAAAAUGGCAGAAUAAGAGACUUUAGAGACAGUGACGACGACGAAGGCGAUAAUUUCCUGUACAACUCAUCAGACUGCUCCUCCGACGACGAGAGGAAUCACACCAGUGACAUAAGUCCGCAGCCUUGA